AUGAACUCUAUUGAGAUAAACCCCAGAAUAAAACUCUUGGCGAUAGCAUUAGAGGGUCAGGAGGUCGGUAGUAGGAGGCUGAUAGAUAUCAACCUCCUAGAUGAGGGCCUAGAGCCAACUAUAGUGGGCCUAAAUAGAGAUAUCACCUUAUUUGCAAGAGAGAAGAGACUCAAAGAUCUCCACAAUGCGAUCGAUGUACAUCUAGUUGGCAUACAUAAUCUCCAUAGUGAGUCACAAGAAAUGGGUCGAGGUGAUGCACGCUAG